UAAAGGGGGCGGAGUUUUGUACAAUCUGAAUUAAAAGUAGAUAGUGUCUUCAUUUUCCAUAAUCACUUUUUGUGAACACUCGUGAAGGAUCAACAUGAAUUGGAACCUCAUCAUAUUUCUUUGCUCGAGCAGAUGUAUUUUAGCACAGAGCCCUACGAAAUUUACAAUAGGUCAGGUUGAUUUUGAAUUGGACAGGGAGUUUGAACUAAUGGAUCAAAACGACGAUAAGGUCAUUAGUCAACAAGAAUUUGAUGAUUUUCAGGAGCAACAAGACAAAGACGGAAAUGAUUGCGUUUCUAUGGACGAAUAUUUUGCUUAUCACCAAGGAAAUAUGUUGACGUUUGAGUGGCAUAUGUUUCAGCACCUUGACCACAAUCAGGACGGUUGUUUAGAAUUGCCAGAUAUGAAGGAAGAAUUCAAUGAAAUAGAUCGUGCACCAAAAGAUAACGAAAUAGAAAUACAUGAGCUAGAGUUAUAUUACUCCAAGCUGUACGAGACGUUCGGGAUAGUAAAAGGCAACUAAAUCUGUUUUAAACUUCUGUAAAAUGAAUAUCAAUAAAGCUUAUAUCUAAUA